GGGAACCGAUCAAUUCCGGAACAGUAACAGGUCAACUAUGACUCGUCAACUAUGACUCCGCCGGAGUCCCAGUUUCAUAUACUUAUCGGCUCGGAUUCUUUCAUCCUUGUAUUCUAGAACACAUUCACCCUGCAGCCGUGCGGCCCCUUAUCGAUAUCACUGGGUCUGAGUUACCAUCAGGUUCAACCCCGACCUGGUCAAACAUUAUUCUCCGGUGUGCUUUACUGUCACAGGCCCUGGCCACUAGACUCUACUAAAAACGAUACCCCCAAACUCAAGUCUCAUACCGACAAGGAAUCUAGCUGUCCUACUGACGAUUACAGCCUGCCAUGCCUCGCGAAAACAGUUACACGGACUCUGUCGGGCGUUCCUUGACGCCUGACCUUGAGGACGAGUUUGCGCCAUCGCUUGCAGCGCCGCGUUCUUCGUCUCCUACUCAUAUUGAACCGUCUCUGCCCUCCAAUAUAUCCUCCCAAGAGCCUGUACCUCAGUCUAGGCGACGUGCAUCCUCGUCAAUAAUCCCGUCUUCACUGCGGCCCAAGCGUGCUGCUGCCCUCCAUUUUCAAACUCCAAAAGAUCGCUUCCGUGCAUGUGUUCGCAAAGUAAUUUCCAUGCACCGCACAACAACCGUCAUUUCGGGCUUUGGCCUCGCCGGUGCAGAACCGGGUAUUGAUCCGCGCAGGCAGUCCGCAUAUCUCCACUACGCGCAUAUCCGUGAGCGCUGCGAGAUCCAGAUCACCGACUAUAGCUCCGUGAGGAGCAGUUUUGGAAAGAUGGACAAUGAGCGCUUCGUACAAAUGUUCAACGAUGAGAGAAGUUCAGAGAGGGAGCCGUGGGUGAAGGUGAGGUGGAUUAAUGUGUGCGGCACCAGUUGGGAUGUAAUGAGUGCGCUUGCCCUGAAAUAUGACCUUCACCCUCUCGCCCUCGAAGACGUCCUGCACAAACGCGGACACACGCGCUCCAAAACGGACUACUACAGUCAACACCUCUAUAUUCAUGUCUUAUCUCACACACUCGUUUCCUCUUCUUCAUCUCCAAACUCCUACGUACCAGAAGACCAAGACCCACCACGGAGCUCCUCGCCAGGUCCAAUGACACCAGGGGACUACUACAAGAACGAGCAUUUCAAGGGCAGUGACGUUCAUGCAGAGGUUGGGGAUGAAGAUCGCACGAUGUAUGGCGGCAGUUCGCCUGCAACCUGGCGGCUUGGAAGCACUAUCAGGAGCAGAAGGUCACCGAAAGCUGACAUGGAGAGUGCGGCAAGGGUCAAAGAAGACGACUUAGCUGCACUGACGUCUGCUACACGGAAAGAGAGCGCGUCCCGAAAACGCCGGGAGAAAGCUCAGCUCACUCUGACAGAUCUGAAGAAGGCAGGUCGCGUCAACGUCUCCGUCCAGCCGAUAUCAAUCUUCUUGUUGAGAGAUGGCACGGUUAUCUCCAUCAUGCCGUCCAAUUUUGCCGACUUUGCAGGUCCCAUCAUGGCACGCCUCCGACAACCUGACACGGUCCUGCGCGCAUCCGCAGAUCCCAGUCUGCUCGUUCAAAGUCUGCUCGACCUCGUUGUGGAUUCCGCACUCGAGGUAGUGGAUUCAUUCCACGAGAAGAUAUUGCAGCUGGAGUACGAUGUGUUAAUGAAGCCAGAUAUGAAAGUGGUUUCGAGGCUGCAUAUUCUUUCCGGUGACUUGAUGCUGCACAAGCGGACCCUUGGGCCGCUCAAGACGGUCAUCUAUGGGCUACGGCGGUACGACGAGGACCGGUGUGCUGCAUUACUUUCGUCAGAUGAGAAGGAGAUUCAGGAGCUACGGGGAGAGAAAGUGAAGGGGUUCAUGACCCAUAAAAGUAAAAUAUACCUGGCGGACGUGCACGAUCAUAUGGAAUAUAUCCUCACGAGCAUGGAUAUGUUCGCAGGGAUCACAGAAAAUCUCAUCAACUACACUUUCAAUAUCAAAUCAUACGAGAUGAACGUAGUCAUGCGCCGCCUCACCCUCGCAACUAUCAUAUUCCUCCCCCUGACAUUGCUCACGGGUUACUUUGGAAUGAACUUCGAAUAUAUGUGGAGUGUCAAUACCCAUUCCGACGCCUUAUUUUGGAAGAUCGCAAUCCCUGUUAUGGCGUUCGUCAUACCCUUAUUUAUGUGGUCAGACUUGAAGCGUGUUGCGCAUUACACUGAGAAGCGGUGGGCGGCGAGGAAGUCGAUGAUGACUAUCAACGGCAAGCUGGCGUGAAUGCCACUGGCCAAAUGGAUGAUCUCACGCUGAUGUAUUACCCGACCCUAGACGGUCCACGGAUGGAUUAUUUGUUUCAUAGAUUUUCGAGCAUUUGAAAUUGCUCGCUCGUUUGGUCUUGUUUUCUAGUUGUUGAGUCUAGCUGUCGCUCGUUGUUCGAGAUCCCCUCCUUGUUGAUGCGUCAGAUUUUACUAAAGUAAUGUUUUGGC